GCGGCGGCGGCCGCCGCGGCUCUCUGCGGGGACCCCGACCCCGGCGCACCUUCCCCGCGCCCGCCGGGCGGGUGCCGGGCUGGCGGGGCGCUCUGCGGGGAAGCAGCCUGCCCGAAUGCAGCCUUAAUACAUUGCUAUUUCUGGCCGGGCGGCCGGAGCCGGGCAGGGGGCCGGCUCUGCCUCCCCCUCUCUCCAAUGGCGAGGCCGCCCCCGGCCCCUCCUUGCCGUGACGUGCCGGCCCGGGGCAGAGGAGGCUCCCGAGCCUUUGGCUGUCCCUGCAGAAGCAGUAACAAAACGCAGACCCCCAGCGCCGAGCUAAUGGAGGCAACUUAGACAGAAGCAGGCGCGGCCCCUCGUCUCUCGGCGCUGCCUGCUCCCCCCACACCGGGCGCGGCGCUCCCCGCCGAGCAGCCGCCCGAGCGCCUCCGGGCCCGCGGCACUGCCUGGCCGCUUGCGCUGCCCCGAUGAUGUUACCGAGCCCCGUCACCUCCACACCCUUCUCUGUCAAAGAUAUCCUCAACCUGGAGCAGCAGCAGGACCCGCACUAUGGGGCCCAGCUCCCGCACCACCUGGAGCACCACUUCCACCCCGCUGCCUGCCUGCUGGCGGCCGCCGACGGCGCCCGCUUCUCCGACGGCGAGGAGGAAGAGGAGGAGGAAAAGCUCUCCUACCUGAGCCCCAUGGCAGCGCCCGGCAGCCAAGCAGACGCGCGGAUCUCUGCCGACAGCUACGUUCACGCCGUGCUGCGUGGCUCCUGCGAGGCCCCCAGCCCGGGAGAAGAGCUGGACCCGGCGGUCCGAGACCCAAAGAGCUGCGUCCUGAAGAAGCCGCUGGACGCAGCGGAGAAGGCGGAGGAGACGGAGAGGCCGAAGCAGCGGAGCCGGAGGAAGCCUCGCGUACUCUUCUCCCAGGCGCAGGUCUUCGAGCUGGAGCGUCGGUUCAAGCAGCAGCGUUACCUGUCGGCGCCCGAGCGGGAGCACCUGGCCAGCAGCCUCAAGCUCACCUCCACGCAGGUGAAGAUCUGGUUCCAGAACCGGCGCUACAAGUGCAAGCGGCAGCGGCAGGACAAGUCGCUGGAGCUGGGCGGCCCCGCGGCCCCGCCGCCGCCGCGCAGGGUGGCCGUGCCCGUGCUGGUCCGUGACGGCAAGCCGUGCCUCGGCGGGUCGCAGGGCUACAGCUCGGCGUACAACGGGCCCUACUCCUACAACGGCUUCCCCGCCUACGGCUACGGCAACGCUGCCUCCUACAACCCCGGCUACGGCUGCACCUACCCGGCGGGCACCGGCGGCGCGUCCAUGCAGGCCGCCUGCAGCCCGGCGGCGGCCGCCAGCCCCUUCGUGAACGUGGGCGGCCUGGGGGGCUUCAGCGGCGGCGGCCAGCCGCUGCACCAGCCGGCGGCGGGGCCUUCCUGCGGCCAGGGCGCACUGCAGGGCAUCCGGGCCUGGUAGCCCGCACGCACUGAGGGUCGGGAGCGGACCGAGAGGACGGCCCGGAGGCUCCGCGGCCCCGUUAGCACCCGCACCGCAGCCCGGCUGCGCGCCGCGCCUGGACCGGAGGCGGCGGCGGCGGCGCGGCGGGACCCCGGCGCUCCCGCGAGCAUCGGUGCGGGGCCGGCCACGGACGGAGCGGAGCGGCGCGGCGGGACGGGGCCGCGCCAGCCCGCAGCGAAGCGCCGCCGCCCCGGGAGCCGCCGCGACGGCCGGGCGGGCCGGGCGGGCCGGAGCCGACCGCGCCGCGCCAGCGGAGCAGCUUUGCUUGUAAAAAGCCGACGGCGGGGCCCGCUAGUGCCGCUGCCCCUCUAUCUACUCUGUAUCGGUCACUGCCAGCGCCAGCUCGCCCAGCCAGUCAAUAAACCAGGUGCAAUACUCGC